AAGCUGUCAGCUUUCUCAGUCUCCUGGACUACCGCUUUUCCGGCUAAGUCCCCACUGGUGGGCGAACCUAGACCUUGCAAAGCAUUUGCUAUCUUGGACUUUAAAGUAUGUCAUCAUGGCAAAAUUUCGGAGAAGGACUUGCAUCAUUUUGUCACUUUUUAUUCUAUUUAUUUUCUCUCUGAUGAUGGGUUUAAAAUUGCUGAGACCAAAUUCAGCUACUUUUGGAGCUCCUUUUGGACUUGACCUUCUUCCAGAACUUCAUCAACAAACUAUUCAUUUGGGGAAAAAAACUGAUUUUCAAAAGAGUGACAGAAUCAACAGUGAAACAAAUACCAAGAAUUUAAAAAGUGUUGAAAUCACUAUGAAACCUUCCAAAACUUCUGAACUUAACCUGGAAGAACUGCCACCUCUGAAUUAUUUUUUGCAUGUAUUUUAUUACAGUUGGUAUGGAAACCCACAAUUUGAUGGUAAAUAUAUACAUUGGAAUCAUCCAGUCUUGGAGCAUUGGGACCCUAGAAUAGCCAAGAAUUAUCCACAGGGGAGACACAGUCCUCCAGAUGACAUUGGCUCCAGCUUUUAUCCUGAGUUGGGAAGUUACAGCUCUCGGGAUCCUACUGUCAUAGAAACUCACAUGAGACAGAUGCGUUCAGCUUCCAUUGGUGUACUAGCUCUAUCUUGGUACCCACCUGAUUCAAGUGAUGAGAAUGGAGAAGCUACUGAUAACUUGGUACCAACUAUUUUGGAUAAAGCUCAUAAAUAUAAUCUGAAGGUUACUUUUCACAUAGAACCAUAUAACAAUCGAGAUGAUGAAAACAUGUACAAAAAUGUCAAGUACAUUAUAGACAAGUAUGGAAAUCACCCAGCCUUUUAUAGGUAUAAGACAAAGACUGGAAAUGCUCUUCCUAUGUUUUAUGUCUAUGAUUCCUAUAUCACUAAACCUGAAAAAUGGGCCAAUCUGUUAACCACGUCAGGGUCUCAGAGUGUUCGCAAUUCUCCUUAUGAUGGAUUAUUUAUUGCACUUCUCGUAGAAGAAAAACAUAAAUAUGACAUUCUUAAAAGUGGCUUUGAUGGAAUUUACACAUAUUUUGCCACAAAUGGAUUUACUUAUGGUUCAUCACAUCAGAAUUGGGCUAACCUAAAAUACUUUUGUGAUAAAUACAAUUUAAUAUUUAUUCCAAGUGUGGGCCCAGGAUACAUAGAUACCAGCAUUCGUCCCUGGAACUCUCAAAACACUCGGAACCGAAUCAAUGGGAAGUAUUAUGAAGUUGCGCUUAGUGCUGCUCUUCAGACACACCCCAGUUUAAUUUCUAUCACCUCUUUUAAUGAGUGGCAUGAAGGAACUCAAAUUGAAAAAGCUGUACCCAAAAGAACCAGUAAUACAGUUUACCUGGAUUAUCGGCCUCAUAAACCAAGUCUUUAUCUGGAACUAACUCGCAAGUGGUCUGAAAAAUACAGUAAGGAUAGAACAACUUACACAUCAGAUCAACAGCUACAUUGAUUAAGGUUUAAUAAUUACAAGAAGCACCUCAUUUCAAUAAAUGACUUUAGUUUUGAAUUAUGAAAAGAACUAUAAAAAUCAAUAUGCAUUAUUGCUGUUAUAAUUUUUACCUUUUUAAAAGAGUAUUAUCAUUGCCACUUAUUACCAUAUUGCACUGAGUAAAUAUGUAACAGAAAUUGUGUAAAUAACAUUCCUGUGGCAUUAUUUAUUACAUGUCUGGCUUAAAUUGAAGUUCUAAUUUGAUGGCAAUUUUUUUUUCAUAUUAGAUAAAUGGUUGUGUUACAGAAAUCAGUUAGCACACAGUAAAUUCCUGCUUGCCUCCUGUGCAUUCAGUAUGUCUAAAGAAAAACAAACAAAACAUGGUGUAUGUGUUUCAUUUCUAAUUUUGACCAUGAUUCAAUCAGCUUUAUUGUAUUAAUAUUCAGACUCUGGACAACAUUCCCAUAGUGAUGAAAUGUUUAAGUAUAAUAUAAUCACUCUUACAAUUUCCUGUGAACUUAAAAUUGCUGUAAAUAAUAGUCUUGUUUUUUUUUGUUGUUGUUGUUUUGUUUUGUUUUUAAUAAGAUAUCUUAAGGCUAACUGUGAACCAUAUUGUGUUUGGAAGAUUUCUUUUCCACAGCACAAUCUGUAUCACCAUUUUAAGGUCUCUGAUUACUUGUAGCUUGCUUGGUGUUUUGCAUCUUUAGAGUGUUUCUUAUGCUUUAUUCCAGAUAUUAGAAACUGUGGGAAAUACUUUAUAAAAGUAAGUGGUUGCCUCUCGAUUAUUAGGAAAGCAUUCCUUUCCCGGUUGUGUUCAAUAUAUAGUGCCCCAAGUAUUAUUUUGGGGAUUCUUUGCCAAUCUUUAGUUACUGUUUAUUAUUCAUGUCUCAAAAUUUUAUGUUAAAGACCAGCUGUUAACUACGAAAGCAAAAAGUUAAUACUAUUAUUGGAUUGUUUUUAAUGUUUUAAAUUGUUUUUUAUCAUAGAUAAUAGAACCCAGUGGUAUUCUACUACUGAGCUACACACCUGCCCCUACCCAAUCCCUAUUCUUUUUCUUUUCUUUUUUUUUUUUUGAGACAGAGUCCAAAUUGCAGUCCUCUUGCUUUAGUCCUCAAAUUUCUAAUCCUCUUGCCUCAGUCUCAGAAUCCUUGGGAUUAUAAGCAUGCAUACUGGGUCCAGUUACUUAUUACUUUAGAUAUAAAAGAAACAAAAAUUCUUUCAUAUUUAAAGUAAUCUCUGAAAAAUACAAUACUUUGAAUUCUUGUACAUACUGAUAUUCCAAUUGAAAAUAUUAUUAUUUUAUGGUAUCUGUCAGGUUAACAUACUUAUGAUCAGUAAGUGUCAGAUUGUGACAAAUUGAUCACUGUGUGUUGUGUGCUAAGAGGUGAUCUUUUUAACUUUAAAAACAAAAGAAUAAUACAAUGCAUUCUAUUAUUCUACUUAAUAUUUGUAACUACAUACAAUGAAAAUCUAAUAUAUAUUCUUUCAUAUAAAUGUUACUUGUUACAUAUUUAAUUCUACUAAGAAGAAAUAGGGAAAUGCUAACAAAUUUUGCAUAUGAAUCUUCUGAGUAUAAAAAUAUUCAGAAACAAAUUAAU